AUCAUCCUCCACUAACUUCGCAGCAGGCCAGGUCAAGUAAACUUGCACCACCAUCACAACUGGCAAUAUGAAGUUGAACAUCAGCUACCCUGCCAAUGGCAGCCAGAAGCUCAUCGACAUUGAGGAUGAGCGCAAGGUCCGUGUCUUCAUGGACAAGCGCAUGGGCGCUGAGGUUCCCGGUGACUCCGUCGGCGAUGAGUUCAAGGGCUACAUCUUCCGCAUCACCGGUGGAAACGACAAGCAGGGUUUCCCCAUGAAGCAGGGUGUCAUGCACCCUACCCGUGUCCGCCUCCUCCUCUCUGAGGGUCACUCCUGCUACCGCCCCCGCCGCACUGGUGAGCGCAAGAGAAAGUCUGUCCGUGGCUGCAUCGUCGCCAUGGAUCUUUCCGUCCUUGCUCUCAGCAUUGUCAAGCAGGGUGAUGCUGAUAUCCCCGGCCUCACCGACGUCGUUCACCCCAAGCGCCUUGGUCCCAAGCGUGCCACCAAGAUCCGCAAGUUCUUCGGCCUCACCAAGGAUGACGAUGUCCGCAAGUACGUUAUUCGACGAGAGGUUCAGCCCAAGGGUGAGGGUAAGUCCCCUUACACCAAGGCUCCUCGCAUUCAGCGACUUGUCACCCCCCAGCGUCUGCAGCACAAGCGUCACCGUGCUGCUCUCAAGCGACGACAGGCCGAGAAGGUCAAGGACGAGGCCAACGAGUAUGCCCAGGUCCUGGCCAAGCGUAUUGCCGAGGCCAAGGUCAACAAGGCCGAUGCCCGCAAGCGACGUGCCAGCUCUAUGCGCAAGUAAGGUUCUGGCGUUUAAUGAAAAAAAAGGGGAAUCAUACCUUGGUCUUGUGGUUUGCAUGCAAUGGGAGUGAGGUUUCUCUAUAGGGCUCGGUUUGAGCCAAUCACGAUUGUAUUAGAGGCAUUUCGGGAAAAAUAAGAACAUGCAUUGAUGCACUCGUGCCAUACGCCAGACACGCGCAUGUUCCUUUGUCUUGAUAUCAUCCAA